AUGACGGCGCGACCGCAAUACGUCAUCGAGCACCUCGAGGACCUCGACGUCGACUCGCCCUCAACCUUCCCGCAGUGGGCGCUGCUCGAGUACACCCACAUGCUCGAGCUCGUCGGCUCCGGCUCCACCGUCCAUUUCACCUCGCUCUCUCCGCGCAACAUCGACUCGCUCCGCACCCUCCUCACCUCAUCGUCGUCGUCGAGCAGCGCGGGCAGGGCCAACUUUGAGCUGCACACCCAGGGCAUCCUCUCGCUCAUCGAGUCUGUCAACGUGCCGCUCGAACAGGUGUGCCUGCUCGAUCCAAAGGGCCCGCUACCCGUCUCUUCCAACGAUGCACCCCGCGAGACCGCAGCACAGGACGGGACGACGACGGCGAAGCAGGAGGGGUUCAGGUUCUUUCUCUUUGGCGGCAUCCUCGGCGACGACCCGCCGCGCGACCGCACCGCCAUCCUGCGCCAGAUGGGCUUUCCCGGCCGUCACCUCGGCCCCGUGCAGAUGACGACCGAUACCGCCGUCGGCGUCACCAAGCGCGUCGUCGAGGACGGAAUGCUCAUGGGCCUCGACGACGAACCGCAGAGGCAGGGCGCACAAAAGAUCAAGUGGGUCCAGUACCCCGAACUCAAAUUCGGUCGCGGCGAGAGCGUCGAGAUGCCCUUUAGGUACAUGGUGGAUCCCGUCCGAUCCGAAAAGUCCGGGACCGACGAGCCAUUGAUGCCAGAGGGGAUGCGCGAACUCAUCAAGCGCGACCUCGACCGCAGCUUCGAGUUCUGA